GUCUAUUCGCUGCGUCUUCGCCGUAACGGCGGCACCGCCUCCUCGUCCCAUUCAUUCGUUUUUUUUUUUUCCUUCCCCAUUCACCGUAGUAGUGAGGCCUAGUCACGAGCCAUGGAGUGCGCUCCCCCGGCCGCCGGCUUCCUGUACUGGGUGGGCGCGAGCACCAUUGCCUACUUGGCCCUGCGAGCCUCGUACUCGCUCUUCAGGGCCUUCCAGGUGUGGUGCGUGGGCAACGAGACCUCGGUCGGCCCGCGGCUCGGAGAAUGGGCAGUUGUUACAGGUGGCACUGAUGGAAUUGGAAAAGCAUAUGCAGAAGAGUUAGCAAAUCGUGGAAUGAAGAUUGUCCUGAUCAGCCGGUCCCAGGAUAAACUGAAUCAGGUUUCCAACAACAUCAAAGAAAAAUUCAACGUUGAAACAAGGACCAUUGCUGUCGACUUUUCAUUGGAUGAUAUUUAUGAUAAAAUUAAGACAGGCCUGUCUGGUCUUGAGAUUGGCGUUUUAGUGAACAAUGUGGGCAUGUCAUACGAGUAUCCGGAAUACUUUUUGGAAAUUCCCGACUUGGACAACACCAUCAAGAAACUGAUAAAUAUUAAUGUGCUUUCCGUUUGCAAGGUGACACGCUUGGUGCUGCCUGGCAUGGUAGAAAGAUCUAAAGGGGUGAUUCUCAACAUCUCCUCAGCCAGUGGCAUGCUCCCGGUUCCAUUGUUGACAAUCUACUCUGCAACCAAGGCCUUUGUAGAUUUCUUCUCUCAGUGCCUCCAUGAGGAGUAUAAGAGCAAGGGCAUCUUUGUGCAGAGUGUCAUGCCAUACCUUGUAGCUACAAAACUGGCAAAAAUACGGAAGCCGACUUUGGAUAAGCCCUCUGCAGAGACAUUUGUGAAGUCUGCAAUUAAAACAGUAGGUUUGCAGACCCGAACCACUGGAUAUGUGAUCCACUCUGCAAUUAAAACAGUAGGUUUGCAGACCCGAACCACUGGAUAUGUGAUCCACGCUCUCAUGGGCUCAAUAAACUCAAUCAUGCCUCGUUGGAUGUAUUUUAAAAUAAUCAUGGGUUUCAACAAGUCUUUGCGGAAUCGCUACCUGAAGAAAAGCAAGAAGAACUGAGUGCUGCUGAGUUAUUGUUUGACCUGUGCCUGCACACUGGGCACCUGCUUUCCCCAGAGGCUUCACUGUUGUCUCAGUAAUUACUAACAUGGCAUAGUUGGCAGAAAACAAAUUCCUUUUAGAGGCUCCUAACAUAUAUUCUGGAUACAACCAGGAGUAAUUUGAAGUUUAAUGUAAAUGUUCUUGGCAAAUGUAUGUAGAACACUUUGACAAAAAGGAACAAAUCCCAGAUUGACAGCGGUAGACACAGACCCAUCUGGCCCACAAUGCCAAUGAUCACAUUAUAUUUGGUCUGGAACCUACUAUAAAGUGUAAUGGCUAGCUGCUUUUUUAUUUUAGCAUUAGAGGNAACAGGGCUUAAUUAAUUUGUUAUGGGCAGAUACAAUGUAGUUUACAUUGAUUUCUGUAAGCUUUUCUAAAUGUAUGUUCCAGCUUAUGUAUUUAUAUGGAACUGGUCUUCUCAAAGGUAGCUAAGACAUAAAGAGAUUGAAACAUGGAGUUCUUUCUAACACAUAAGUCCACAAAAUGUUAUUCUUGGAACACACAUUAUGUCUGCUCUGUUCAAAUGUAUGUAAAUACUGAAUGCUAUAUAGUGUGCCUGGAAUGUAAAGGUAAGUGGGCCAAAGUGUACAUCAAGACCAACAACAUCCUGUGGUACCGCAGGAUCCAGGAAAGCAGCCUGUGUGGACACGCAGCAUUCGUUAUGUCUGCACUGCACCCGGAUACUUGCCUAGGAUGGCAGACUCCUUCUGUGGUGCGGGGUGGGGGUGGGGUCAUGGAAACAUGUUCUUUCUAAGAUGAAUUUAGAAUUCAUAUAUCUGCUUUUAAUAAAAGAUGAUGUAACUGUGGUGUUGAAA